CUCAGUCCUCCUCAAUCAACGCCAAGUCGAGCGAUCAUCUCACAAACCAAAAAAUCACCUUCACAAGCCAACCCCCAAAAGUCAAAAAUGCCGCUGCGUGUUGCCAUCAUCGGAGGAGGCAUUGGCGGACUCGUCCUUGCUCAGCUGCUGCGAAUCCGCAACAACCCGGACGUCCUCGUCCAGGUGUUUGAACGCGACGCUACCGCCGAAGCCCGCGACCAAGGCUACUAUCUGGGCCUCACUGGCGAAACAGUGGCAUUGCUCCAGCCGACGUUUGAGAAUCUGCCAAAGCUGGCGGAGCUGCUGAAGGACAGCCGGUCGACGUAUACCGCUGCUCGCAUGGUCGAUGCAAACCACAACAUUCUCGUCAACUUCCCUGUCCCGGCUGGAGGCUGCUUUAUCAAUCGUGUGGACUUGCGCCAGGCACUCUUGCAAGGACUGGACGUGCAGUGGAACAAGCAGUUCGUGUCGUACAGCGAGUCCCUCGAGGACGGCGCGGUGCACAUCCAAUUCCGCGAUGGCUCCACGGCCACCGCCGACAUUCUCGUUGGUGCAGAUGGUGCCAACUCGCCCGUUCGCGAGCAGCGCGCCCCUGCAGUGCGGUACAACGACCUCGGCGUCACGACGAUCGCGGGUGUCAGCCCGCUCGAAUCCGCCUCGCCCGCCAUUCGCACGCUUGUGAACGAUGGGCUCGUGCGUUGGCUUGGCCCUGAUGGCCACACGGUCAUGAUGUUCCCGGUCUUUGCCGUGAAGGAAGGCCAGCAGUCCCAGCUCAUGUGGGUCUUGUCCUACCCUGGCCAGCGCGCCGACUGGGAGGGCAAGUUCAGCGGCUCUGGCGAGGACGUGACCGACGAGUACUCAGAGUCAAGCCAUGCACGACAGGCGCUGAUGGAGGAUUGCGUUGCGCGCACCCAAGCAAGGUUUGCGCCCGAUCUUGCCGACAUUAUCCGAGCCACGCCCACUGAGGUGAACUUGUUUGGCCCUCGCCAAAUCUACUCGACAGAAGUGGCCCAAGUGCGAACGCUCCUUUCGCCGCCAUGUGGACGCGUCAUUCUUCUCGGUGACGCCGCGCAUGCGACAACCACCCAUCGUGGUCUCGGCGCCAACACGGCCGUUGCAGAUGCCGCCGAUCUCGCCCAAUCCAUUGCCGGCGCUGCUGGUGACUCACUAGCGCUGAUCCAAGCUCUGCAGCAAUACGAAAAGGUGAUGGUCGCGCGUGGUAUCAAAGUCAUCAAGGAAUCUGUGCAGGUGACGGGUAGCAUCCACAGUUCCGGUUGGUCGGCGACCUGGAUUCGCCCAGCAUUCUUGCGAGUCAUCAACGUGUUGAUUCGGUUGUUUGUGUGAAAACUGUUCUGUCUUGCGUUUCCGUCUUGUUUGAAAAGCGAGCUUGCUGCGCUGCUGUUUUGAGGUUCGGGUUGAAUGAUAUUAGAAGCGGACUCGCAAUACAGC